UGGCCGUACCCCUCCACCGUCGACCAUGUCGUUUCCAGUCCAUAAGUCCAUUAUAUCUUAGUCCGUGAGUCCGUCCUACACUCCUACAGUAGAGUAGAUUAAAUUUAACCUAUUCUGUAUUUCUGUGGCCCUACCACUUUCACACUUCACCGUGCAGUGUGCACGUCAAACGCAAAGGCAAAAGAGUAAAGACACGUUAUCUUAAUUUUAUGGUGAGAAAUAUUAUCAAAAUAAUUAUUGACGAUGUGUAGAUGGCAUAGACCUAUAAACCGAUGUUAAUAGGUCUAUGGUGGAUUGAAAUAAUGAAUUAAUGUUUUCUGUUUUGAGCUCUCAGUAAAUUAUCAUAGAUACAAAUUCGAAAUCUGAAUAUCUUCUCAACCAGGUUAUGGAAGUAAAAUGUCAAUGAUACAACCUUCAAACACCAUGAGUGAUAAUGAUCGAUUAGUACCUUGCUGCAGCACCUCAAAUCCUAUACCUAGCUCUAGCAUAACAGAUUCAAAUCCAAGUUGUAGUAAAACAACUCAAAUUUCAAACUCCAACACUAAUAGUUUAAAUGAAGGUUGUAGUAAUCCGGGCCCAUCUAAUGAAGAUGAAGAACUAGCGCUACCCCGUGCAUCAAUCAAUAAAAUGAUUAAAGAUGCUUUACCAAAUAUUCGGGUUGCUAAUGAAGUUAGAGAAAUGAUAAUGAACUGUUGCACAGAAUUUAUUCACUUAGUAGCAUCGGAAGCUAAUCAAGUAUGCAUGGCCCAGCAGAAAAAAACUAUAAACGCUGAACAUUUAUUAACUGCUCUAGACCAUUUGGGAUUUGGUGACUAUCGAGCACAAGCAGAAGAAGUUGGUAAAGACUGUCAGUCUAAAAGAAGAAGACAAAGUACAAGACUUGAAAAUUUAGGCAUACCAGAGGAAGAAUUGUUACGACAGCAACAAGAAUUAUUCGCCAAGGCCAGAGAAGAGCAAAUGGCUCAAGAACAACAACAAUGGCAAGAACUACAAGCUGCAGCUCAACGAGCUGCUAUUAAACCUAAGACUGAAGAAAGCAGUGAUGAAGACGAUUACUCCUAAUUUAUAAUUCAACAGAAUUAUAGACAAUUCAAAUUCAUCAUCAUUAUGAAUUGAAUUUUUUUUCUUAAUUUGUUUUUAUCAGUUUGUACAUUUUUACUAGUAUCUAAUUUUCUUAUAAAUGUUUAUUUUUUAAAUUGUUACAUUAACUUUUUUGUCAAAUAAAUAAAUAAUUACGUACAAUUCAAAUUAUAUAUUACAAUAUUCUUGCAAUAUAUAUAUUAUAUAAUAUGUAUAUAAA